UUGGAUUGUAAGGUGAUGGGCUUGGGUCAUGUUUGGAUUUAUAUGUAGGAGGGUGGUUAGAAGUAGAGAUUCUCUAUUCCCCUUUUUUUUUUUUCUCUCUCUCUCUCUCUCUCACUCGUUCACUGCGGGGCUCAGUUGGCUGGACGGACCUUGGAGUGCCUUUCACGAAGUCGGGGCUUUCUCUUCUCUCGGGUACGAUUCCUGCCACUUGCUCCUGAAUUUAUCCUCUACGUGGACUGUGGGGCAGGCUGGCAUGGGGCGCAGAAUUAGUCGCGGGCCGCUAAAACAGACUUGGACAGCGGAGCGUUAUCUAAAAAAAAAAAAAAAAAAGGAGAAACUGAAUAAAAAGGAGAUGGAAGAAGAAGAGGAAAGAAGCUUGUAGGAGCAGUACCUGAUAGCGGAAGGAGCAGAGAGAAUAUUAAUGGAGAGAAAGAACAGCAGAAGGGUGUGUGUGACGGGGGGGUCAGGGUAUAUAGGUUCUUUCCUCGUCAAGAAGCUGCUGGAGAAAGGCUUUACUGUUCAUGCUACUCUCAGGAAUCUGGAGGAUGAGAAGAAAGUUGGGAUUCUGAAGUCGCUACCACAUGCAGAGACCAAUCUUGUUUUAUUCCAGGCUGAUAUUUACAAUCCCACCCAGUUUGAAGCUGCCAUCAAACACUGCCACUCUGUUUUCCAUGUUGCUACGCCUUUGCUCCACAUCCCCUCUCCCACUUCUCAGUACAAGAACACAGUGGAAGCUGCCAUUGGUGGGGUGCAGGGAAUUGCAGAGUGUUGCAUUAGGUCACAGAGUGUGAAGCGACUCAUAUACACUGCCUCUGUGGUGGCGGCAUCUCCCUUGAAAGAAGAUGGGAGUGGCUUCAAGCCCUCCAUGGACGAGUCCUGUUGGUCCCCUCUCUCUCUUCCCUUCAAUCAUAGUAAUGAUCAUCUACUGGGAUAUGUUAGAUCAAAGACACUGGCAGAGCAGGAGAUCUUGAGCUACAACAACGAAAAAGAAGCUGGAAAUGAACUAGAGGUGGUGAGCCUUGUUUGUGGGCUAGUGGGAGGUGACACCAUUCUUCCCUAUCUGCCUUCAAGCAUGGAAACAUUUGUGUCACAGCUCACUGGCAAUUACUCAUUUUACGACACUUUAAAAUUCCUGGAAGGGCUUCUUGGGGCAGUGCCUCUGGUGCACAUUGAAGAUGUGUGUGAAGCACAUAUCUUUUGCAUGGAGAAACCCUACUUGAAGGGUAGGUUCAUAUGUGCAGUUGCCAAUCCCACAAUCACAGAUAUUGCAGCACAGUUCCAAGAAAAUUUCCCAGAUUUGGAGAUAGCUGGAGAGUUCAUGCAGGAAAGAAUGGAGAAGGGGACGAUAUGCGAUUCUACGAAGCUGAUGAAGAUAGGUUUUGAGUACCAAUACGACGUGAAGAAGAUAAUAAAAGAUAGCGUGGAGUGUGGAAGACGAUUAGGAGCCAUCAACAUCCCAACAAAUAAAGUGACAUCUUCGGAAUAAUCAAAGAGGUCACUGUACAUUUUAGUGAACUUCAAGCACUUUGUUUGUGUUGAGUGAUUUGGAGAGAAAAAAUAAAUUAAAAUCUUUCUUGCAAGCUACCCCAUUUGGAUCAUAAUGAAUAAAUCCAUCCAUGAUAAUCUUCUUUGGA